GGUUGGAGUUCGCAUUACCAACGCAUCUAUUACGAACAAGUGCGAAUAUAUUAUUUUUAGUCGACCAAACAUAUUAAAAAAAAUUACGUCAUGCAUCGUCUUCCUUUCAAUGUCCUUAUUAUCUUCCUACAUUUCCUGGUCCCUCUCGUCGCUCCCGGUUUAUCAAGUCAACUCACGGCAAAGCAGGAUAUUGAAGAAAUUGCCGGAAACCUCAACUCACCUUGUAAUCUCUUAAUUGUAUUUGAUACGUUUAGCGAAGGGCUAGACUUUUCAAAAAUUAGUCUCAAGUUGACCCUGACAAUAAUGAAGUCUUGGACCUGGGUUAGCAGAACUCACAAGCGUGGCACACUAAUUAAAAUGGCGCUAAGAAAAGUUAAACCAAGCGGUCACAUCUGCACUUUUGCCGUGACCUAUGUCGAUAAAGCGGUCGAGAAAGGGCUGCCCAAUAACGAUGGGUACACUCAUGCCUACAGUUUGAUUAUGGAGGCAUUCCUUGCUAGCAGUUGGACCCUGGUUAUUGAACAUACCAAUGCGAAAACUCUCUGGAACUCGGCAAGCGCACCAUUUACAAUUCAGUACUUUUUGUCAGCAAUAACCAAGCCUGACCUGGAGUCUAUCAGAUUGACAUACAUUUUUCAGCACAGGGUAAGAAACGGGAUGGUUGUGCGAUUUGUCGGAGAAGAUUCGGAGCAUCAAAAAUUACACCUCGUUUGUCAGUCCUGCCGCGGUGAUGAGGGUGUGUUUAUGAGCUUAAGGAUAAACUGUCAAUCAACAAAGAUAUCAUGUCUGCUCUCAACUAUCCUUUCCACGACGGAAUACUUCAGGUAGGUAACUAGGAGCAACAUUUGAAAGGUCUUCAUGCCCAACUUUUUUUUGGUCUCGAUCGGUCAAAUUUGUCGCAGACAAAAAAUACCUAGUACGACCUCGUAGUAAAAAAAGUGGCCAUCUGAUCCAUACAUCAAUUUUGCUUCAAAAACUAGACGUUAAAGUAAUGAAAUGACCUAAGUAUUCAGGUAUUAGGGAAACAUUCAUAAAUUAUAUCGAACUACAUAAAAUGAAAUGCUGAUUGUUCCGUUUCCUCACAUGUGGCAUAAAUCGACCUCUCACGCAAGACUUUUAUCCCACCGGUCGGAAAUGUUUAU